AUGUGGCCUGAGCUUGUCCAUGUCAAGGAAUGGCCCAGAGGGCGGACGGGCAAGGUGGACCGCAAGGCAUUACCGGUGCCGACGAUUUGCGUGCAGGAUGCGGUUCCCCCAAGGUCUUCCCUGGAAAAGAAGAUCCUUGACAUCUUUUGCCAGGCUUUGAGGCGAGACCCGACGCUCACUUCCGUCCACUCGGACUUCUUUACGUUGGGGGGCACCUCUCUCAAGGCUGCAGCGUUGCUGUCUGCUUUGAGAGCUCAGGUGCCGGAGGCGGUGGCUCUGCAGUUCGACGAGCUCUACGCGCAUCCCGACGUGGCGAGCCUCGCCCAAGUGCUUUCUGGCAGCCGCCAGGAGAUCCUCCUGGGUCCGGCUCCAGUCGAAGGGCUACUGCCGGCUUCCCUGGGCCAAGAGCACAUGCUUGUGUUGCAGGAGUUGCACGAGGGCAGCUCGGCCUACAACUCACCGCUGAUCCUGAAGUUGGAGGGAGCCUUGAACCGAUCCGCGCUCUCUGCUGCGCUGGACCGGGUCAUGGGCCACAGAUCUGCGAACCGCAUAUGCGACUCGCCGACUCGCAAUCGCAAAUUCACCGUGCUUAUGCUUUUCGAGCUCACCUCGAGGCACGAUGUCUUGCGGAGCAACCUUUUGCGAGACACAAUCGACGGUGAGCCCGCGGUCGUCCAGGUGACAACUCCUGCAGCUGAGUUCCAGUGUGACAUGGAGUUCUGGGACAUCCCGGCAGCGAAGCUUAGAGCGAAGAGCCGCAGAGCAGGGCAGAGCGCGGCAGAGCGGCAAGUCGCGGUGAGUCCAGGAGCACACGGCACAGCAGCCUCAGCGACGCCGGCACGACCCUCGGAGAGUGCAGAUGGCAUCUGCGUGCAUCUGCAUUUGUAA